UUUCCUUCCUCUGUCCCUUUCUUUUCUUUUCUCUCUUUCUCCAUCUCUUCCAAGAUGAAGUUCAGAGACAUUGAGUUUCUUUAUGGGAACAAUACCCCAAAACAAAUGAUCCCAAAAGUAACUUUACUAGCAAUCUUAGCCAUGCUUAUAUUUACUAUCACCCCAUUGUCUUAUCCUUUGUUUAGUUACUCUUCACUCAAGAUGAUCAAUAAGUACAAACAACCAUCCUCUGCAUAUCAAGAGCCAACAACCUUGUCCUCUACAAAUUUCAAAAAAUGUGACAUUUUCAGUGGAGAAUGGGUACCAAAUCCAAAGGCACCAUAUUAUACCAACAAAACAUGUUGGGCAAUUCAUGAGCACCAAAAUUGCAUCAAGUAUGGUAGACCUGACUCUGAGUUCAUGAAAUGGAGAUGGAAACCAAAUGAGUGUGAACUUCCCAUUUUCAAUCCUUUCCAAUUCCUUGAAAUUAUGAAGGGAAAAUCUAUGGCUUUUGUUGGAGAUUCAGUGGGAAGAAAUCAGAUGCAAUCUAUGAUUUGCCUCCUAUCAAAGGUAGAAUGGCCCAUAGAUGUAUCAUACUCAAGUGAUGAAUCUUUUAAGCGAUGGAAGUAUCCAAGUUACAAUUUUACUAUGGCUAUCUUUUGGACACCCCAUUUAGUAAAAGCAAAAAUGGCUGAUUCAAAUGGUCCAAGCCACACUGGUCUUUUCAACCUUUAUCUUGAUGAGUUUGAUGAAAAUUGGGCAACCCAAAUUGAAGAGUUUGACUAUGUGAUUCUUAAUGGAGGACAUUGGUUCUUUAGACCAAUGGUGUUUUAUGAGAAACAAAAAAUUGUUGGAUGCCAUUACUGCCUCUUAGAAAAUGUCAAUGACUUAACCAUGUUCUAUGGCUAUAGAAAGGCUUUUAGGACAGCAUUCAAAGCUAUUAACAGUUUAGAAAAUUUCAAGGGUGUAACAUUUCUUAGAACAUUUGCACCUUCUCAUUUUGAGAAUGGAUUGUGGAAUCAAGGUGGAAAUUGUGUGAGAACUAAGCCAUUUAAGAGCAGUGAGACAAGGUUAGUAGACACCAAUUUAGAGUUAUAUAUGAUCCAAUUGGAAGAGUUCAAAAUUGCUGAGAAGGAAGGUAAAAAGAAAGGUCUAAAAUUUAGGUUACUUGACACUACUCAAGCAAUGUUAUUAAGACCAGAUGGUCACCCAAGUAGAUAUGGGCAUUGGGCACAUGAGAAUGUGACAUUAUAUAAUGACUGUGUGCAUUGGUGCUUGCCAGGGCCUAUAGACACAUGGAGUGAUUUCUUGCUUGAAAUGCUGAAGAUGGAGAGCAUAAGAUUUUCAGAUGGAGAAACCCUUCAUUUGCAAACAAAUUAAAAGGCUAAAUUUAUUAGUCACUGUUUUCUUUUCUUGUAAACUAUCAUUGAUUAUUUAUUUUUUUGUAAUUUUAUAAAGAUAAAAUUUGUUGUGUUAUGAUAAAAUUGAAGGCUUUUU